CACCAUGCUGUACCCACUCUCCAUCCUCAGCCUCGUGCUUCUCUUCCUCAUCCACCUCACUCACUCACGGCUCAUCCGCUCACCAAAAACACAAUCAUGAAUCGCAAUAUCACCUCUCCGUCGAAACAGACACCAUUCCAUUCGAGACCCGCGCACACUGGAUGCGAAAAGCCAACGCCGCCCUCCCCGAACUCUCCUCACCAUGUCCCUUCGCCCCCUUCGGCACCGUAAUCGUAAACCACACCGCAACCUCGCCCGAAUUUCCUCACGGCCAAUUAAUCUGCUAUAGCGUGAACCAGAACAUACAAGAAGGCAACCCAACUUUACAUGGAGAAAUAUCCGGGAUAAACAACUGCACCAAAAUCCUCACGGACCCAUCAGGACCCUACAAACUCACCCCCAAAGCCGCCCUAUCAGCCUUCCACCAGCUAACGCUCUACACGAACGCCGAGCCGUGCCCCAUGUGCGCGUCCGCGAUCCGGUGGUCGGGCUUCAAAGAGUGUGUUUUCGGGACCAGUAUCGGGCAUUUGAUUGAGAAAGGGUGGUCUCAGAUCACGCUUUCGUCGUCGGAUGUAUUUUCGGAGGCGGGGGCUCUGCCGGGCGCGACGAGGUUGCUUGGGGGUGUGUUGAGGAAUGAGACGGAUGCGUGGUUUGAGUGGCAGUUUGAUGAGGGGGUGAGGUGUCCGAGGGGGUGUGAGAGGAAAGGGGGGAAGGGGUUGUGUGAGCCGGUGGAGGAGGAGGGGAGGGGUAGGAGUGAGUUGUGA